AUGUGCGACGGAUGGAUUGCCCGACACUUCCGCCGGGAAGGUUCUACACCACCCGAGCGCCUGCACCGCGAACUAUGGACGGAUGACUCUUUGGAGUUGGGCGUGAAGGCUGGCGCAGCAGCCAUGAUUUACCUCAACGGGGGUCUCAUCACCCAAACCAAAGGGAGUGGUGGGACAAUGGGGUGCCUGCCACCGCGCUGA